UACCGAUCUUUUUGUCCAGAAAGGCCGAGACGGCAGCAGACAUUUCCACAACAAACUUGAUCCGACGUGUCUUGCUUGGAGGUCCAACGAGAAAUGAUGCAAAUUAUGACAGAGGGCACUGGUUUUGUGCGCAAAGCGCAUCAACGCAUGCUCCGCCCCUUUUGAUCGCUUUGCCGUUUCUACGACAUUCGCCACCACGAUCUCUUCUCUGCACGAAAUGUCAAAGUAUAAAAAAGACGUAUUUCGUAAAUAGCGCCCAUUUCACGUUUGACAGUCAACGAAGUAUCAUAUCUCUUCAACCAACCAACCAACCCAAGAUGUCUGGACGCGGCACAGGAGGAAAGCUGAAGGUGAAGAAGCAGACGCGGUCGUCGCGAGCUGGGCUGCAGUUCCCCGUCGGACGGAUCAACCGAUACCUACGGAAAGGCAACUAUGCCGAUCGCAUCAGUGCCGGUGCCCCGGUCUAUCUGGCUGCCGUGCUGGAAUAUCUGACUGCAGAAGUUCUCGAGCUGGGUGGAAACGCUUCACGGGACAACAAGAAGACUCGGAUCACCCCACGCCAUCUGCAGCUGGCCAUCCGGAUUGACGAGGAGUUGAACCGGCUUAUGCUCGGGGUCACGAUUUCGAAGGGCGGCGUUUUGCCAAACAUUCAUGCCGUCCUGCUGCCGAAGAAAACCCAGGAAAAGCGGAACCAGGAGGAAUCAUUGGCGAAAGCGAAUUAAAUUCUGACAGUGCGUCGUUAACAAACCAAACCGUCCUUUUCAGGACGAACAACAUUUUCACGAAAGAGUUACUCUACAAUCAGUUCCUUUUAUAUCAGCAAAUUCCGUAGCCAAUUUAUCCCCUUGUGGCCAAUUCGCAGCCCUGCCCUGCCCCAGUUGAUAAAUGCUUUUGCGCCCGUUCAAAUUUUGCGAAUUGCGAAUGGAAUUGCGUUUAAACUCGCGGAAUUGCAACCACAGUGGCCACUUCGCCACCACCACAAAAAAACCCGCUUCACACUCCCGACCGACCUGGCGGAACUGCUUCCUUCGAAAAGCAACCACCACUAAAACGCGCAACGUGGA